AUGAGCUCCUCACCUCCUGGUUUGGAUGUCGUUUCCAAUGAGAAGAGCUCCUAUAUCAAUCCUACAGACUUGCAGUCCGAUCCGGAGAAGUUCAUCGACGUUCCGAAAGUCAGACAAGAUGCCUUUGGCGAUGAGGAGUUCGCGGAGGUCAAGUACAAAGUACUCAAGUGGUGGCAAUGUGGUCUGCUCAUGGUCGCCGAAACAGUAUCACUAGGUGUGCUGUCACUGCCCGCCGCUGUUGCAGGUCUGGGACUGGUUCCCGCCAUCAUCGUCUUGGUCUUCCUAGGUUCACUGGCCACAUACACCGGCUACGUGAUCGGACAGAUGAAAUGGAAAUACCCACACAUUUCCACAAUGGCAGAUGCCGGUGAAGUGAUCGCAGGGAAAUGGGGACGAGAAUUCCUCGGUGCUGCACAGAUCAUCUUCCUCAUCUUCGUCAUGGCCAGCCACCUAUUAACCUUCACCGUGGCCAUGAACACCAUCACAAACCACGGCACCUGCUCCAUCGUCUUCGGUAUCGUCGGCAUGAUAGUCUCCUUCAUCUGCUCUUUACCUCGCACUCUAGCAAAGAUGUCAUGGCUAUCAAUAGUUUCAUUCGUAAGCAUCAUGACAUCAGUCAUAAUCGUCAUGAUCGCCGUCGGCAUCACAAAACCAGGAUCAGACGUCGUCGCUGUCGUCGACACAAACCUCUUCCACGGCUUCACAGCAGUCUGCAACAUCGUCUUCGCCUUCUGCGGUCACGCAGCCUUCUUCGGCCUAAUGGCUGAACUCAAAAACCCAAAAGACUUCACAAAAUCCCUCUGUCUCCUACAAGGAAUCGACAUGGGCUUGUACAUCACCGCCGCACUGGUCAUCUACCGCUACGCCGGUAGCGACGUGACAUCUCCAGCGCUAGGCUCUGCCUCACCGAUCGUCGCGAAAAUCGCAUACGGUAUCUCCCUACCGACUAUCAUCAUUGCCGGUGUGAUCAACGGCCACAUCGCAUUCAAGUAUGUCUACUUGCGUAUUUUCCAGGGCACGGAUCGAAUGCACAAGCGCGAUUGGAUCGCCACGGGAUCGUGGAUCGGUAUUGCCCUCGUGUUGUGGAUCCUGGCGUGGAUUAUUUCCGCCGCCAUUCCGGUGUUCAGUAACCUGCUCAGCUUGAUCACAGCGCUUUUCGCGAGUUGGUUUACCUACGGCUUGAGUGGGAUCUUUUGGUUGUUUAUGAAUAAGGGGAUGUGGUUCUCGUCACCGAGGAAAAUUGCGCUUACUUUGUUGAAUUUCCUUGUUAUUGGUGUUGGUGCUGCGCUGUGCGGUCUUGGUCUUUGGGUUUCUGGAAAGGCUCUUCAUGAUAAUCCCAGCAGUGCGAGCUUUUCUUGUGCGAAUAAUGCUUAG